CUCACUGGCCUGUGUCGGUAUACAACCCCACGUGAUCUCUGCAUCUAGACCGACUCAUCCUCAUCUCUAACCAUCUUCUCUACAACCAUCCAUCAAUUCAACCACCACCACCACCCAAACCACAUCAAAAUGACCACCCCACAACACCCAUUCACCUACUCCCCGCACCUGCACCAAUACGCCCUCCCACUCUCCACCUUCGCCGCGCAGAACCCACAACACACGCACUUUGUAGUGGGCGGCCACAUCUUCACCUCGACCUACAGUCGCUCCAGCACCACCCCCUCCAACCCCGAAGCCCCAGCGCCAAAAACCCGCGUCCUCCUCCUCCGCCGCUCCAAACACGACUCCUACCCCGGCUUCUGGGAAGGACCCGGCGGGCUGUGCGAGCCCACCGACUCUUCAAUCCUCAGCGGAGCGGCGCGCGAAGUCUACGAAGAGAGCGGGCUGCGGGUGACUCAUUUCCAGGACCUGAUUGGGGUGCAUGAGUGGACGAGGGUGAAAAGCGAGGGGGUGGUGCGGGCGGCGAAGUUUACGUUUUUGGCUUUGGUGGAGGAGGCGAAGGAUGGGGAGGGGUGGGAAGGAAGAGUGAGGCUGGAGCCGGAUGAGCAUGAGGAGUUUGUGUGGGCGACGGAGGGGGAGGUUAGAGAGGGAUUGAAUGAUCAGGGAGAAGGGGCAGAUGGAGGGAGGAGGUUGAAGUUUGUGGGGGAUCAGGGACCGACGUUACUGAGGGGGUUUCGGUUGUUUGAGGGGAGAGGAGAUGAGUAG